UGGGUUAUUUGCUAAAUAAUAAUUGUGUCAUUUACUUCUAGGCAUUUUGAAGUAAUUUAAUCGAUUAUAUUUUUCCGGGCAUAAAGUCACAAGAGAAAUUGGCACCAAAAAAAUUCUGCGAUUCUCAUAAUUCAUAACUAUAUCCAGUGCAUAACGAUUUGUAGAAAAAAAAACUGUUGGAUAUCAUAUGUGUACAGUAUAUCGUGCUAGAGGGCUGUUGUUUAUGUUGAAGUCCACUCGGCAUUUGCCAGUUUCGAAAAAAAUAUGGUCACACAAGUGACACAACAUGGUGCGCACACUACAGAGCCUAAUCAGAUAUCUGAGCAAGUUGGUUUGCAACUGGCCAACACAUGCGUGUGCCCAUUUCGAAAAGUGUGAUAAACUGAAUUAUACUGAACCGGAGCUUUUUUUCAUUCCCAAACGUUCAUGUGAAAUGCAAACAUAUAGCAUAUAGCUGUAGUCCUGCCGCUGCAUAGCCUUCGUCACGCAAAGCACGGCUAAUGCACACCGUUUGUCACUGUCUAGUAAUCAGUAGCCCAUACCUAACCUGACGUGACUAUAUUUUCGUUAUUUUUUUCAACUAGCAACAUAUCUAUGUGAGCACCUGUCCAUCAAGUUAUCAAGUUGACGAUCUGAAACAGACGUUCUGUCAUUUCGAAACGUUUCAGUGUAGGACAGUAAGCUACGGAUAGCACUCGAGUGAACCUGCGUCAUGCAAAGAAUAACGAACGCAAUAGGAAUACAUAUGGCCCACCAAUGACAGAGCGCCACAAAACAUAUCGCCGCCUUAUUUUCUCUGCGCGCAGACCGAGCCAGUUGUCAACUGCACGCCCUCUACUAUUGGGAGGUGGCGAAAAGACACUGCUCGUAUACCAUAAGCCGAUUUAUAAGUAAACCCGGCUCAACUAUACGGGUGAAUUUCAAAUAUAUUAAGGGGUUACCUCAGCAAAUGGAAUUAGUUGAGCGCCUUACCCGACCACUGGCAUUUUGAGGUCCGCUCGAGGCUCGACAAUUUUCAAACAAUGCAUCUUAAUGUUUGGGCUAUUACUACCUUCCUUUUUUUGGUUGGAUCCACUUUUUCAAAAUCUUUCCUCAAAAUUGCUGGAGAAAAUGACGCUACAAACCUGAGGAUCAUUGGUGGAAUCGACGCUCCAGCUGGCCAAUAUCCAUUUACGGCAAGUAUUCUUUCCUUACGGAGUGCUUGUGCUGGAACUUUAAUUGCUCCUUCCUAUGUCUUGACAGCGGCCCACUGCGUUACUCUACAUUCCACCAGCGCCUAUGAGAUCUGGGAUUCCAAGGUGUACCUGAAUACGUUAAGUGUAACUGGUGAAGGAACGGGCUCCAUUACGAGAUCCGUGUCCAAAAUUAUCGUCCAUAAAAACUACUCCAGUAUUGGCACCGGUUACGUUAAUGACAUCGCCAUCAUAGUUUUAGACUCACCCGUAACAACGAUUACUCCAGUCCCAACUGCAGAGGAAACAACAACAACAGCGCAAUCAGUAACACAAGAAACAACAACUGAAACUUCUACAACCGAAGAACCAACAACAACAGAGGAACCCACAACGACUGAAGAAAUCACAACCACCAAAGAACCCACAACCACCGAAGAACCAACAACAACCGAAGAACCAACAACUACUGAAGAACCAACAACAACCGAAGAACCAACAACUACUGAAGAACCAACAACAACCGCAGAACCAACAACAACCGAAGAACCAACAACAACCGAGGAACCCACUACGACCGAAGAACCCACAACGACCGAAGAACCAACAACAACCGAAGAACCAACAACUACAGAAGAACCAACAACAACCGAAGAACCAAAAACAACCGAGGAACCCACAACGACCGAAGAACCCACAACGACCGAAGAACCAACAACAACCGAAGAACCAACAACUACUGAAGAACCAACAACAACCGAAGAACCCACAACGACCGAAGAACCAACAACAACCGAAGAACCAACAACUACUGAAGAACCAACAACAACCGAAGAACCCACAACGACCGAAGAACCAACAACAACCGAAGAACCAACAACUACUGAAGAACCAACAACAACCGGAGAACCAACAACUACUGAAGAACCUACAACAACCGCAGAACCAACAACAACCGAAGAACCAACAACUACUGAAGAACCAACAACAACCGAAGAACCAACAACAACCGAAGAACCAACAACUACAGAAGAACCAACAACAACCGAAGAACCAAAAACAACCGAGGAACCCACAACGACCGAAGAACCAACAACCAAAGAACCAACAACUACUGAAGAACCAACAACAACCGAGGAACCCACAACGACCGAAGAACCCACAACGACCGAAGAACCAACAACCGAAGAACCAAUAACAACCGAGGAACCCACAACGACCGAAGAAACCACAACAACCGAAGAACCAACAACUACUGAAGAACCAACAACUACUGAAGAACCCACAACAACCAAAGAACCAACAACUACUGAAGAACCAACAACAACUGAGGAACCAACAACAACCGAAGAACCCACAACAACCGAGGAACCAACAACUGAGGAACCGACAACAGCAGAGGAACCCACAACUACCGAAGAACCUACAACUACUGAAGAACCAACAACAACCGAAGAACCUACAACUACUGAAGAACCAACAACAACCGAAGAACCAACAACUACUGAAGAACCAACAACAACAACCGAAGAACCAACAACUACUGAAGAACCAACAACAACCGCAGAACCAACAACAACCGAAGAACCAACAACAACCGAGGAACCCACUACGACCGAAGAACCCACAACGACCGAAGAACCAACAACCGAAGAACCAACAACUACUGAAGAACCAAUAACAACCGAAGAACCAACAACUACUGAAGAACCAACAACAACCGAAGAACCAACAACAACCGAGGAACCAACAACAACCGAGGAACCCAGAACAACCGAGGAACCAACAACUGAGGAACCCACAACAACCAAGGAACCCACAACAACCAAAGAACCAACAACAACAGAGGAACUCACAACAACCAAAGAAGUCAAAACCACCGAAUCUACUACUUUAGAGCCCACAACGAAACCAACGACGACAACUAAAACUACAACGAAGCCAACCACGAAAACAACUACAAGGCCAACCACUAAAACAACUACAAGGCCAACCACUAGAACAACUACAAGGCCAACCACUAAAACAACUACAAAACCAACCACUAAAACAACUACAAAGCCAACCACUAAAACAACUACAAAGCCAACCACUAAAACAACUACAAAGCCAACCACUAAGACAACUACAAGGCCAACCACUAAAACAACUACGAAGCCAACCACUAAAACAACUACGAAGCCAACAACUAAAACAACUACAAAGCCAACCACUAAAACAACUACAAGGCCAACCACUAAAACAACUACAAGGCCAACCACUAAAACAACUACAAGGCCAACCACUAAAACAACUACAAGGCCAAACACUAAAACAACUACGAAGCCAACCACCAAAACAACUACAAGGCCAACCACUAAAACAACUACAAGGCCAACCACUAAAACAACUACAAAGCCAACCACUAAAACAACCACUAAGCCAACCACCAAAACAACAACGAAAACCACUACGAAACCAACGACAAAAACAACAACAAAACCGACUACUAAAACAACGAAGCCAACCACUAAAACAACUAGAAAAUUAACAACUAAGAGACUGGCCCUAAGAAAUUUCGAUAGUUACGAGAGUUCGAACGCCAUAAUCGCUGGAUGGGGACUAACAUCUGAUGGAGGGUAUAGUUCCGACACGUUGAAGGCUGCCGACGUCCAAAUUCUCACUAACCAAGACUGUGGCCAAAAAUGGGGCAGCUUAUUCAACGUGAAUACGAUGAUGUGUGCCGCCGGAUCAACCAGCUCCAUCUGUGUGGAUGACGAAGGUGGUCCGAUUCUUGUUAACGGAUCUCAAGUAGGUAUCGCCAGCUUCUUUUCCAGCAGUAGUCAAUGUAGUGAUCCUAACGCUCCCGCCGUGUUUACCCGAGUCUCCGCUUACGCUGGCUGGAUCGCGCAAACCAUGGCUGAGAAUCCCCCUCCAUCAUCCGGAUGAAAACAUCUGCGAAAAAGCAGUCUCUCAGUCUUUUAGACAUCUUUAUCCAGAUAAGAUUUUCUAAAAUAUACAAUAUAGAAAUAUUUACAUUAAACUUUUAGGAUUGCUUCUGAGUGUCGCGUGAAAAAUUAUGCUUAAAGGUCAUGUCUGGUGCACAAAUACAUUUUUUGGGGCAGGUAAUAAAGACAUGAAAUCUGA